GUGGAGGCCAUCCCCGCUUCGGUUCCUCUGUCCGCGAAGACAAGCUGGGCUUCGUGUUCGACGCCGUCGCCUUCCUUCCCUUCCGCCUCCACUGCAAGAUCACUACUUCUCACGGUUAUCGUCCCCAAGAACAAAGACCACAGACACCAACUCGAAUUGCUGCGAUCUCUGCUGCAAUCUCGGUGCUGUUAGGUCAUGGCGGCACCGCACUGCUUGUUGCUCUUCAGGUGUUCUACACAAGUUCCAAGAGAAGCAACCCGUCUUCGUCUUCCUCCUCUUUGCGCUCGUUCGCCUGCCCGACGCCAGAUGAGACACGCGCGCUUGGGCUCACCUUCACUAGUUUCUGUCGGUCUCUGUUUCGCCAAGCCUUGUACAACGGCAAGAGCUUCUAAAGCGGUCGAGCUAGUACUUGGCGAUGGGAGAGACGAGGAAGAUGCACGUAGAUGGAACUCCGCCAAGACAGAGAGUGACGAGAGCGACGUGGAUGAAGACGAGGAUGGCCCAUCACUCAUGAGUGAGGAUGAGAGGAAGGAAAUGAGGAGGAAGAUAAGAGAGGUGCUCGACACGAACCUGAACGUCGAGGAGGAAACCGACCCAGUCCAAAGGAGAAUCAAGAUGCAGAAGCUCUUAGCAGACUACCCGUUGGUGGUUGAAGAGGAAGAUCCCAACUGGCCUGAGGACGCCGAUGGCCGGGGGUUCAACCUUGAUCAGUUCUUCAACAAGAUCACCAUCAAGAAUGUCAGGAACGACGAUGAUGACUACAAUUACGACAGCGAAAAGGAGGUCGUGUGGCAGGACGACAAUUACAUUCGGCCCAUCAAAGACAUCACAGCAAGAGAGUGGGAGGAUACUGUGUUCAAGGACUUCAACCCUCUGGUUAUACUUGUCCAUAACCGAUACAGAAGGCCUCGAGAGAACGAGCAGGCCAGGAAUGAGCUAGAGAGAGCGGUGGAGAUGUUCUGGGAGUCCGGAUUGCCUUCACCGAGGUGUGUAGCCAUUGAUGCUUGUGUCGAGCAUGACCUCGUCGAUGCACUGCAAGUGUCCAUCUACCCGGAAAUUCUCUUCACUAAAGCGGGGAAGAUAUUGCAUCGCGAUAAAGUGGUUCGGAGUGCAGAUGAGUGGUCGAAGAUAAUGGCAUUCUUCUACUAUAAAGCCGUCAGGCCAUCAUGCUUAGAUGAAACCGCUGGCAAAGAUCAAGAGAAGAUUCCAUCACUCUCAUAGAGGAGGUUGAUUAAAAAUGAUAUGGGCAGGAUAGUUCGAUGCAAAGUUUGUGGAGUAUAAUUGUUGAAGUCCAACAAUGAACUGAUUGGAUUAAUGCCCCAAGAAGAGAUGGUGAUAAAUUACGAGAGUACACAUUAAGAGGGAUGAUGUCCGAGCCAAGAUGAAAUUGUUAAAUAUUGAUCAUAAUUGUCCUAAUGCAGAUGAGCUCGAAAGAAUUUGCUUUCAUUUUUAUAGUUGUUUUCUGAGUCUGAGAAUUUGAUCUAUUUGUGAUGAGUUUUUGUGAGGAAAAGAAGAACAAUUUGAGUAAUGUCUCAUGAAAAGAGAAUAAAAGGGAAAUGCUGAUGUGCAAUUUUCA